AUGUCCGGAAUACUGUCAGAGUUGCGGGUCAUGGAGUUGGCCCACCGGCCUUCCGGGGCCUAUUGCGCCAAGUUGGUGGCCGACCAGGGCGCCGAUACCAUCAAGGUUGAGCCUCCCGGCUGGGGAGACCAGGCUCGCCACGAACCGCCCUUCAUUGGUGACGAACCCCAUCCCGACCGUUCUUCCACGUUCCUGGCCUUCAACACCAACAAGCGAGGCAUUUCCCUGGACGUGGAGCAAACUGCCGGGCGAGACCUGUUCCUUCGCCUGGCCCGGUCGGCGGACAUAAUAGUUGAGAGUUAUCCCCCUGGACGGCUGGGGGAGUUAGGUCUGGAUUAUGAAGUCCUGUCAUCCGACAACACCAGGCUGAUCCUGGUUUCCAUAACCUACUUUGGUCAGGAUGGCCCCUAUGCCAACUACCAGGGAGACGACCUGGUGGCCCAGGCCAUGGGCGGAUAUCUCUACGCGGUUACCGGGUCAACCAACAAGCCGCCCAUGGGCACGGCGUUGCAACAGAUGGAGAUCACCGCCGCCCGAAAUGGCUCGGUGGCUGUCAUGGCCGCUCUCCUGAAACGUGACCAGACCGGGCAGGGAACUCACAUAGACGUUUCUACGAUGGAAGCUGCCGUAAGCACCCCAUCCGGCCUUAUCCAUCCCUACACCUACACUGGCCGCAACCCGCACCGGGGCGGCAGCGAUGGCAAUGUCAUGGACGGCAUGCACUUGGCCACCCUCGACGGUGAGGUGACCCUGACCACCGCCGGGACAGGCGGCCGUCCCAUGCAGGCGUGGGCCGAGUUCCUUGAGGAGCCAGCACUGGAAGACUCCAAGUUUGCUUCCCGAGGCGGCCGGAUGGAGCACUGGGAGGAACUGCACUCGCUGGUGGCCCCCAAGCUGGCCCAGUGGACCAACCUGGACCUGAUGCGCGAAACGAUGGCCCGCGGCCUGGUGAUCGGACUGGUGCAAACUCCUACCCAAGUGGUGGAAUCUCCUCAUUUGGAAGAACGUGGAUUCUUCGUCGAACUGGACCACGCAGAAGCGGGGCCGCUGAAGUACCCGGGGUCCGGUUUCUUCAUGGACGGCGAGAAUGCCAUGGCAACCGCCCGUGCCGCCCCUGGACUGGGAGAGCACAACGUGGAAAUUCUAAAUGGUGAACUGGGACUGUCCUUGCGGGAGCUGGGUCUGCUGCGCGCCGCUCAUGUAAUCUAG